GAGGCAGACAUUUUGAAAGACGACACACGCAAGGGAUAAUCAAUUGAAUUUUCAGCAGAAAAAAGGCAUCAACAGCCGAAAUGAACCCAUUCAAAGUUGUUUCUGGUCGAUGCAGAAAGCGCAAGUCAAAGUCUGCAAAGGUUGAAGUCAAGCAAGAGCUGGUGAUUAAAGAAGAGCCCAAUGACGGUGACGAUGUCAUGAACAUACCAUGGUCGAGAGUUGAUGGAAGAUAUCGUGCAAAUUACGAAAGGCCGAUUGACUUUGCCUGUGACUUCGAUCAGAUCAAAGAUGAAAUCAAAUGUGAAGAAGAAGAGACGAGCAAAGGAAAGACCUCGGUACCAAGUGAACGAUCGAAUGACAACGACGCCAACUAUGAUGACAACAAAGACCCCAUGGAUGACGCAAUCGAUGUUCAACAACCGGAAUCAGUUGGCAGCGGGAAGAAACGGAAUGAAGGCGCCAAAAGACGAAACAAACAAACAAUUCCCGGGAAUCAAGCGACCAAAAAGCAAAAGAAGCACAAAUGCCAUGUGUGCAAUCAUUUAUCACGUUGCAGCGCUGAACUCCAAAUACACUUUCGAAUUCACACUGGAGAAAAGCCGUAUCAGUGUGAUGUUUGUUCGAAGUCAUUUGCACGAAAAGGUGAUCUGAACAAGCAUAAGAAAACGCAUGGCCAGUUUCGUUGUUCGAAAUGUAAUCAAAUAUUUGAGCAAGAAUCAGUCAAGAUCGAACAUGAAAGGCUCUGUAAUCCACGCCAAUUCGAAUGCGAUAUUUGCGGAUACAAAGCAUUGCACAAACCAAACUUAAAAAGUCAUAUGCGGACUCACACAGGUGAGAAGCCGUUCGAGUGCUCAAUUUGUUCCAAAUCAUUCAUAACAAAUGCUAAUCUUCAAAGACAUUCCAUGCCGCACAAGGAUGAACUGCCGAAUAAUUGUGCGAAAUGUGGUCGACGAUUUGCCACUCCAGACGAUAAGAAAUCACACGAAACGCGCUGCCAACGAAGUCCAUUUGCUUGUAAUCAGUGUCAUUACAAAACUGUUCAAAAGAAUCAUUUGAAGCAGCACAUGCAAUCAAAACACGGAGCAAAAAGAUCGAUCGAAUGUGAAAUUUGCAACAAGAAGUUCGUCAAACGUAUUGUUUUAAAUCAGCAUUUGUCAUCAGCACACAGCGAUCAGUUCCCAUUCCAAUGCUCCAAAUGCAUCGGAGGAUACGCAAGCGAAGAUGCAAAAGAGGUUCAUGAAGAUAGCUGUGGCUACCGUCAGUAUCAAUGCCAUUUGUGCAAAGAGCAUCGUCGAGGCAAACAAAGGUUGAAAAUUCACAUGCGAAAAGGUCACACCGGAGAGCGAAUUCAAUGCGAAGUGUGCUCAGCAAGCUUUACCCACAAGAGCAAUGCCAAUCAACACAUGAAAACAGUUCAUCGUUUGGAGAAGAAAUAAGUCACAAAUUCUAGAGAUUUAUUAAAACGUAGUUAAGCUUAAAACUAAUAAUAAACUUUCAUGACACUUACAAAGCAAUUUCACAUGAAAGACAGUCACUGAAUAGCAAUAACGAGCAUGCACCUGAAAUUGAAAUAACAUUUAAUACUUUCCAAAAUAAAACUGCAUAGUCGCUUGAGAUUUAAGCUCCCAUUUUGAUCGAAAUAGAACAGAACAUGAAUACAUAUUGAAACUGGAAUAAAAAGAAAAAAAGCGGCUGAAGAGGGUUGCGUUUAAUUUCUGAGUUCAUUUUUGCAGCAAUUCUCUUCUCCAAAGAAAGAAACAAAUGGUUCCGGGAAUAUGUAUUAUGUUGGCCAACUCUGCAUUCGAAUCGGGUUUGUACAUUUUCAUUAUGAAGUCUCAGCUUCAAAAUAUAUUGUUCAUAAUUCUCAUUAUUCGAAUAUUCGAUUUGAAUUGGUUUCUGAUUACUUGUCUAUUUGCCCAAUUCAUUGCCGCCACUUAACCAAUAAAUGUCACACUUCAGACUCCAGAUAUUUUCGAUUACAAACAGAAACAUGCUCUUCUAAUGCGACUCUUGUUCAAUUCAUGGAUUGGAUAACAAUAAUAGAUCGAUGAACGAAUGACUUGGAGUGGUGAUAUGCGGUUGUAGUUGUUUAUAGAAAUACAAAAACAUAAUGGAUUCAAUCUCGUCAGCCAUUAUUCGGUUUUCGAUUCUUCAGACAAAUUCUAAACUAAAUCGAUAUCCGAUUGUGAUUAAUAAGCACAUGUACCGCGAAUUGCUUUGUUUUCAUCUUGAAUCGUAUGCAUUUGCUGAGCCAGAAAUUAAAAUAGUAUUCUGCGAUACUAAUUGGUUUACAUCAUAAACAUAAACACAACGAAUCAGUUUGUUAUUGUUUCACAACUAAAUGUUUCCAUCAUUCAAAUUUCACGCACCAAAAUGUUCUUCGUUCCCAAUGGAAUUGCUUUCAAUUUUCUGCCAUCUAUUCAGUUACCAAACAAAUUUGAAGUUGGAAUUUGAAAAAGAACAUUUCGCAUGAAUUUAACUGAUUAUUUUGAAUUGAGCUCUGCUUUUUGCUCAAUUGACAGCUACCAAUGGAGAUGAAGUGUCACUUUGCGUCGUUGAGAACUUAACGAAACUCACCAACACAAACAGCGCGCUUGCAAGUGUGUGAAAAUCAGCCUCGAUGCUGUGGUUUACGUUGCACGUUGUUCUAGAUUGUUCCGUCGACCACAGAGUGAAGCAGACAUUUUGAAGGAGAUACGUGAAAGAAAUAUUUUUCAGAGAGAAAAGGCGGCGACAUCCAAAAUGAAGCCAUUCAAAGGUGUUUCUGGUAGACGCUGCAAGCGUAAAUCAAAGUGCACAAAGGUUGAAGUCAAGCAAGAGCCGGUGAUAAAAGAUGAGCCCAAUGACGGUGACGAUGUCAUGAACAUACCACGGCCGACAGUUGAUGGAAGAUAUCGUGAGAAUUACGAUGGGCCGAUUGACUUUAACGAUGAUUUCGAUGAAGUAAAAGAUGAAAUCAAAUGUGAAGAAGGAGAGAUGGACAAAGAAAAGGACUCGACACCAUGUGAACGAUCAAAUGACGGAGCUGCUGCCAACCAUGAUGACAACAAAGACUUGAUGGAUGACGUAACCGAUGUUCAACAAUCGCAACCAGUCGCAACCAGUGGGAAGAAACGGGAUGGAAGCUCCAAAAGACUAAACAAACAAACGAUUCCCAGAAAUCAAGCGGCCAAAAAGCAAAAGAAGCACAAAUGCCAUGUGUGCAAUCAUUUGGCACGUUGCAAGGCUGAACUCAUACGACACUUGCACACUCACACUGGAGAAAAGCCGUAUCAGUGUGAUGUUUGUUCGAAGUCAUUUGCACGAAAAGGUGAUCUGAACAAGCAUAAGAAAACGCAUGGCCAGUUUCGUUGUUCGAAAUGUAAUCAAAUAUUUGAGCAAGAAUCAGUCAAGAUCGAACAUGAAAGGCUCUGUAAUCCACGCCAAUUCGAAUGCGAUAUUUGCGGAUACAAAGCAUUGCACAAACCAAACUUAAAAAGUCAUAUGCGGACUCACACAGGGGAGAAGCCGUUCGAGUGCUCAAUUUGUUCCAAAUCAUUCACAACCAACACAAAACUCCAAAGACAUUCAAUGACUCACAAAGAUGAACUGCCGAAGGCUUGUUCGAAAUGUGGUCGACGAUUUGCCACACCAGACGAUAAGCAAACACACAAAACGCGCUGCCAACGAGGUCUUUAUGCAUGCAAUCAGUGCCAUUACAGAACUGUUCACAAGAAUAAUUAUAAGACACACUUGCAAUCAAAACACGGAGCAAAACGAUCGAUAAAAUGUGGAAUUUGCAGCAAACAAUUCGUCAAACAGAUUUAUUUAAAUCAGCAUUUGUCUUCAGCACACAGUGACCAAUUUCCAUUCCAAUGCUCCAAAUGCUUCGGAGGAUACGCAACCGAAGAUGCAAAAGAGGUUCAUGAAGAUAGCUGUGGCUACCGUCAGUAUCAAUGCCAUUUGUGCAAAGAGUAUCGUCGAGACAAACAAAAGUUGAAGAUUCACAUGCGAAAAGGUCACACCGGAGAGCGAAUUCAAUGCGAAGUGUGCUCAGCAAGCUUUACCCACAAGAGCAAUGCCAAUCGACACAUGAAGGCAGUUCACCGUUUGAAGAAGAAAUAAGUCACGCAUCACUUAGAUUCAUUAACGUAGUUAAGAUUAAAACAAAUAUUUCAUGACACUUACAAAAUAAUUCACACAUAAAAGACAACCACAUCAAG